AUGAAGCAUCGCGUGACAACUGUAUCAAAACACCUUGCUCAAUUACCUCACCACCGGCGACCCCUCCUACACGACACCCGCAUCUCAUCAACUUGCGCGACCAGUGUAAACACUCGCAAGCUGCCAUUGAGUUUUGAUCCACACUCAGCACCUCGACGAUCCUUCUUCACCUCGGCAAAUUCUCUCUCAUCAUCAAGCAUGAACGCCCCCUUGCACAAGAAGCCAAUCAACCUCCUCCGAGGCUGGCCCUCGCCAUCCCUCCUCCCAGCCGCAGCCCUCUCCGCCGCGGCCGUAAAGACCCUCGCCGACCCCGCCGCCUACGUCCCGGGGCUCCAGUACGGUCCGGACCCGGGAUACCAGCCUCUCCGCGAGUCCAUCGCCCGCUGGCUGGCGGCAUUUUACCCCGCCGUCGACCCCGCACCUCCGUCUGCCGCGGAUGAUGCCACCACCACUACUGUCGCCGCCGGCCACCACGCGCCCGAUGUACGGCGCAUCUGCGUGACGGGCGGUGCAAGCCAGAAUCUGGCUUGUAUUCUGCAGUCCUUUACUGAUCCGCUCUACACGAAGAAUGUCUGGAUGGUGGCGCCGUGCUACUUUCUCGCCUGCCCCAUCUUUGCUGACGCUGGGUUCGACGGACGUCUGAAGGCAGUUCCUGAAGAUGAUGAUGGUAUUGAUAUCGAGUACUUGAGAAAGGGGCUCGAGGCCGCAGGAGAAGGCGGCGAUGAGCACUUCAAAGAAGCCAAAAAGAGAAAACUCUACCGCCACAUAAUCUACCUUGUCCCAACCUGCUCCAACCCAACAGGCAAAACAAUGUCCCUCCGCCGUCGUCACGAGCUCGUCCUCCUCGCCCGCAAACACGACGCCCUCCUCGUCUCCGACGACGUCUACGACUUCCUCCAAUGGCCCCUCUCCACCCCUCCUCAGCCAGGCUACACCCCCGAAAUGCGCAUCCCCCGCCUCGUAGACAUCGACCGCAGCCUAGGCGUCCCCGACGCCUCCUUCGGCAACGCGGUCUCCAACGGCUCCUUCAGCAAGAUCGUCGCCCCCGGCGUGCGCACGGGGUGGGCGGAGGGCAGUCCCGCGUUCGCGUUCGGUUUAUCCCAGACCGGGUCGACCUGUAGUGGUGGGGCGCCGAGCCAGUUGGCUGCCAUGAUGGUCGCGGAGCUGCUUGAGAGCGGUGAGCUGCAGAGGCAGCUUGAUCAGGAGACGCGUCCCGCGCUCGCGAGACGACAUGGGGCUAUGAUGCAAGCGAUUGCGGAGUACAUCCAGAAGCCGCUUGGCGAGGGUGUCGUUGUGCGCGGGUCGGCGUUGAAGGGGGCUGAGGUGUUUGGCGGGUACUUUGUGUGGUUUAGUUUGCCUGAGGGCAUGUCGAGUCGGGAGGUUGCUGUGAGGGCUAAGGAGACGGAGAAUCUUGUGAUUGGGCAUGGUGCGCAGUUUGAGGUGCAUGGGGACGAGGAUGCGGCGAGAUUUGAUCGGGAGAUUCGGUUGUGUUUCUCGUGGGAGCCGGAGGAGGAUGUUGUGGAGGGUGUUAAGAGGUUGGGAGCGGUGUUGAAGGCUAUGAAGGAUGGUGUUAAGUGGAAGUCCUCGAGUACGCUGGACGUAGAUAAUGUCAAAUAA